AUGGGGGAGUAUUGGGUUGUGGGGGGCAGUUCUGGGGUCUGGGGGGCAGAUAUGAGGUGAAUUACAUGCAGUAAGCAUGCAAAUGAUAUGCAAAUAAGACUGGAUGGUGCUUACGCUCCAGGAUGACCGAGGUGGGGCACUAAUGAGAUGCUAAUGAGAUGUUGAUGGCAUGCGAAUCGUAUGGCGUGGCAAACUAUCAUUGGGGUCAUCGGAACUAGGUGUCGAUUCAUAUGCAAAUGAGAUGCAAAAUAAUGAGGGGGAGGAGCAUAGCGGGGCUUGAUUGAGGUUGGGGGGAAGAGGGAGGAGAGGUUUCACAGGGGGUGAGUCGAGUGGCCGUGGGGCGCGAUUUGGGAUACAAAUGGGAUGUAAAUGAGAUGCAAAUGAUAUGCAAAUGAGGCUUAAUUACCGCAGGAAGGCACAGGAGAGCCAGAAGGAGAUGAAGCUGCUGCUGGAUAUGUACAAAUCUGCCCCCAAGGAGCAGCGGGACAAAGUGCAGCUGAUGGCGGCCGAGCGCAAGAGCAAGGCGGAGGCCGAGGAGCUGCGGUGCCGGGUGAGGGAAUUGGAGGAGAGGGAGAGGAAGGAGAGCAAAAAGCUGGCGGACGAGGAGGCGCUGAGGAGGCUGAGAGCGGCUGAGGAGAGCAUCGAGGGGCUGCAGAGGAGGCUGCAGGCCACCAAGCAGGAGGAAGAGGCCCUGCUGUCGGAGAUGGACGUGACAGGUCAAGCCUUCGAGGACAUGCAGGAGCAGAACCUGAGGCUGCUGCAGCAGCUGCGGGAGAAGGACGACGCCAACUUCAAGCUGAUGUCGGAGCGCAUCAAAGCCAACCAGAUCCACAAACUGCUGCGCGAGGAGAAGGACGAGCUGGCCGAGCAGGUCCUGGCCCUCAAGGCCCAGGUGGACGCCCAGCUGCUGGUGGUGCAGAAGCUGGAGGAGAAGGAGCGGGUGCUGCAGGGCAGCCUGGCUGCAGUGGAGAAGGAGCUGGCGCUCAGGUCGCAGGCGCUGGAGCUCAACAAGAGGAAGGUAGGGGGGGCAGGGGGGGGGACCCCAUAA